AUGUCUUUGGCAAAUUACUCCAACAUGAACUCUGUCUCCAUUGCAAAUAGCUUAGGAUCUGGUUCACGGGCACCCAUACUUAUUCCUGAAGAGUAUAAUUCGUGGGUUGGCCGUAUGAAUCUUCAUCUUAAUGCUAUAAAUGAAGAUGUCUGGAAGUGUGUAGAAGGAACAUAUGUUACUCCAGAAAAUAUGGCUACUCUUGCUACAAAUCAAGCCACUCAAGUUGAAAUUACAAAAAAGUUGGAACUCCAAGCCAAAAAGGAACUUGUUUCUGGAAUACCUCACAGUAUUCUAAGUCAAAUGGAUGACAUUAUACUGUUAACCGCAAAUCAAAUUUGGGAGAAUUUGAAAAAUCGUUUUUGUGGAAAUAAAAGAAUCAUCGGAAACAAAAGAACAUCUGUUUUGAAUGAAUUUGAUAAUUUCAAAAUUCUUUCAUCAGAAACCAUCCAUGAUGCUCAUGAUAGGUUCAAUUUGAUUAUGGGAAAUCCAGCUAUUCAUACCGAAUCUUUGUACAAUUUGUAUGGAGAACUUCAAUCGUAUGAAUCCUCGAUUGACCCACCAACCAUUGCAGCUUUUGGAGGACCACUUGCACUUGUGUCCACAACUUCUCAAAACCAAACACCUUUCAAUGAUCAAAACUUUAAUCAUUUUAAUCAGACUACAUCUUUUCAAAACCAAGCCUUCCAGUCUGAUUCAAAUGAUGAAGCAGAUUAUCAACAACUAUUCCAACAAAACCAUUCUCAACCUUCCCAACAAGCCCAAACUCAAACACCUGAAAGACUUCCGAUUAAAAGUCAAAAGGAUGAUAGUGAUGAAGAAGUGAUCAUUUGUCACAACUGCAAAGGAACAAAUCACUAUGCCAGAGAAUGUCGAGCCAAAAACAAAACCAAAAUCAAAGACUCAGCAUACUAUGCUCAAAGAGCCGAUGAAUUGAAGAAACUGGAAAACCAAGAAAAGCAAAGAGCAUUGAUGGCAAUCUAUGAACCAAGUGUGGAAUACUGGCCAACUUCUGAUGACGAAGCUGAACACGAACCAACACAAUCAAACUUCUGCUUCGUAGCUGGUGUUGAAAUACCUUCAAGAGCUCCAAACGUCAUAGAACAGCUGACUGAUUCUUUAAAACAAAUCAAUUCUCUUGAAACCGAGAAUAAAAGACUGAUAUGGAAUAUGGAUUCUAUCAAAGUUGCCAGAAAACUAAGUGAUGAUAUUUUCACCAAGGCAAACACCUUGGGAACUGGCAAAAUUGAUACGAAUUAUAGACCAGGAAUUGGAAGAGAAUCCUUUGAAAUUGAACAAGCAAAACAGAAAAACAUGACGAAUUGUGAAAACUCUGAAUCUACUCUACAUAAUCUUUUCACAUCUGUUAAUGAGGAAGAUUCAGAUGACGAAACAGUUAUCAACUGUAGUCCAGAUGAUACUGCUUUCAGUGUUUCCAAAAAGUCUUUCAAAAGAGUUGUAAAUUCUGAAACAGACUCUGCAAGUUCUUUAACUCACCAAAUCAAAAAUACUGAUGGAACCACUAAACUCAAAAACUUUUUGAAUGGAGAAAAUUCCUCUUAUAAGGAUGGUAGUACUUCUAUACCAACUGCUUUUCCUACAAUGACUUCAUCAAUUGUUGGAAAAACUAGUCUGGGACAAAAAUACUCCAAGAAACAACAAACAAGCAAAAAAUCCAUUCAAGUCACCAAAACCCCACUAAUCAAACCAAACCUUUUUGAAAAACAACCAAAGAAACCAAACGUCAUACCUCAUAAACAGGUACUUAAUGCUGGAGAACCCAAUGAUGAUACAUGGUAUAUUGAUAGUGGCUGCUCCAAGCAUAUGACAGGAAACCGGAACUACUUACGUGACUUCAAACCUAUACAAACCAAUCAAGAUGUUACCUUCGGCAACAACAUGAAAGCAAAAAUCAAAGGUUAUGGAAACAUAACAAAUGGUAAUUUUACCAUAAAGAAAGUUGCCUUCGUCGAUGACCUGAAACACAACCUCAUCAGUGUUUCUCAACUGUGUGAUAACAAUCUUGAAGUUCUUUUCACCAAACAACGAAGCUUGAUCAUGGACGCCAAAACCAAAGAUGUUAUAGUUGAUUCUGACCGUGCCGGAAAUAUGUAUCCACUUGACAUGGAUCUUAUCUAUGGUAAACCCGAUAUAUGUCUGCUAUCUAAAGCCCCAGCAGAUAUUAGUUGGUUAUGGCACCGCCGCCUUUCCCAUCUAAACUUUGGGUACAUCAACAAAUUAAUCGGCGAUGAUCUUGUUCGAGGGCUACCACUUCUGAAGCUUGAUAACGAAACUCUUUGUGCCGCAUGUGAAAAAGGAAAACUUUCCAAAUCCACUCACAAAAGCAUCUCAGAAUCUAGUGUGUCCGAACCACUAGAGUUGUUGCACAUAGACCUUUGUGGCCCUGCCAAAACCCAAACCAUUCAAGGGAAGAAGUACAUUCUUGUUGUCGUUGAUGGUUUCUCGCGCUUUACUUGGGUCUUUUUCUUAAGACUAAAAUCAGAAGCACCUGAAGAGAUGAUCAACUUCAUCAAACAAAUCGAGCUGAAGUUGAAACGACCUGUUCGAAGAAUCCGAAGUGAUAAUGGUUUAGAGUCGGACGAAGGAAUUUUCCUUGGUUACUCUUUUUCUUCAGCUGCUUAUCGAGUACUGAAUAAACGUACUAGAGUAAUUGAAGAAAGUACCGAUGUUCAUUUCGAUGAAUUUUAUGUUAGGAAAUUGGAUCGUGAACAUUUUGGUUCAAAAAUGAUUGAAAAUAUUUUUCAAAAUCCAAUUCAACAAACACCUUCUCCUGACAUAGACAUUGAAAUCGAUCUUGAUUUGCUUUUUGAACAACCAAAAACCGCUUACAAUUCUGAACUUCUAACUACUUUAAUUGACCCUACAGGAACACCCAGUGAAGUAAUUCCACAAACAAACCAAAAUGAUGCAAAUCAAUUCGAGGGGGAACCACCAACACAUACUUCCUCUUUGGAACAAACACCAAAUCCUCCUUUAAACACCCGAACCCCAAAUAGCCAAAACAAUCCCGAUGCAUCAUUUAUGGGGGAACCUUCAAACCUAUUCCAAGAUGAAACGCCCGGAGAAGAACAAUGGGAUACUGAAACUCCAAUUAUUAUAGCGGAAGAGAAUCGCUUAAUAAAGUGGACCAGAAAUCAUCCAACAGACCAAAUCAUCGGAGAUCCCAACAUAGGCAUUCAGACUAGAGGCGCAUCCACAAAUGAAUGUUUAUUUGGAGCCUUCUUAUCCACGACCGAACCCAAAACCAUACAUUCUGCUAUAAAAGAUCCAGAUUGGGUAAAAGCUAUGCAAGAAGAGCUAGCAGAAUUUGAAAGAAACGACGUUCAAGAUGGGUAUACAGAAACAAGACUGACGAUCAAGGAAUCAUUUGUCGAAACAAGGCACGUCUUGUAG